AUGGGUGAGAGCAGCAGUCCCUCCCGUGAGGUGGGGGCGUUGCUGUCUGUGGGACUGACAGAGCCAUUUGAUGCUGUUAAACAUCAGGACAUCAUUAUAAACUGUGUGACUUUCCCCCACCCUGACGUAAUGCCAGAGCAGCAGUUGCUGAAACCUUCGGAGUGGAGCUACUGUGAUUAUUUCUGGGCCGAUAAGAAGGAUUCGCAAGGGAACAAUACAGUGUCGGGAUUUGAAAUUCUUCUUCAAAAGCAACUUAAAGGGAAACAAAUGCAGAAAGAAAUGGCAGAGUUUGUUCGGGAAAGGAUCAAAAUUGAGGAGGAAUAUGCUAAGAACCUGUCCAAACUGUCUCAGAAUUCCUUGGCUGCUCAAGAAGAAGGCACACUAGGAGAGGCUUGGGCUCAGCUAAAGAAGAGUCUAGCUGAUGAAGCAGAGGUUCAUCUCAAAUUUUCUUCUAAGCUUCAGAGUGAGGUAGAGAAACCCCUACUCAACUUCAGAGAGAACUUUAAGAAAGACAUGAAGAAAUGCGACCACCAUAUUGCAGACUUACGGAAGCAUUUGGCCAGCCGCUACGCAGCAGUUGAAAAGGCCCGGAAAGCCUUGACAGAGAGACAGAAGGAUCUGGAAAUGAAAACGCAGCAGCUAGAGAUGAAGCUCAGCAACAAGACGGAAGAGGAAAUUAAGAAGGCAAGACGGAAGUCCACUCAGGCAGGAGAUGACCUGAUGCGCUGCGUGGAUCUUUAUAAUCAAGCCCAGUCCAAGUGGUUUGAGGAAAUGGUGACCACUACUCUGGAACUUGAGAGACUAGAAGUUGAAAGGGUGGAGAUGAUUCGGCAGCAUCUUUGUCAGUAUACACAGCUGCGGCAUGAGACAGACAUGUUCAACCAAAGUACAGUAGAGCUCGUGGAUCAGUUGCUUCGGAAAGUGGAUCCUGCCAAAGACAGGGAACUGUGGGUAAAAGAACACAAAACUGGAGAUAUCCGACCUGUGGACAUGGAAAUAUAGACUGAUCUAUAGUUGUAUGUGACGAGUCCACUGAAUUAACCAGGCUAAUGUUUGUGUUUCAAGGGUCAGAAGAGCAUAGGGAAAAGAUUGUUCCACUACCAGACACCUUGUAAUUUAUGCCUGUAUGGACUAUUUCUGUUACAUUUAGUCAUUAAAAUGGUCCUCAUUGUGCUAAGCCUUAAGCACCAGACAUUCCAGGGUGAAGAAACCAGAUACGUGCUUCCCAUCAGAGGUUCCCAAUUGCACGCAGCUUCCAGAAGAAAUCUGCUUUCUGGUGCAGAGAGAGCUCUGUUCUUCAGUGACUUUGUGCUACAUCCCUUGCAUGACUAUCUUUAUACCGUAUGUUAGAACAACCAUUCAGUGAGCCUCUGGCCAGCAAGUAGAUACUGUUGGAACAUGAUGCAGGAGGCAAGGAAGUCCUGAUCAUGAAUCCCAGGUCUGUCACUGACUGCUUUAAUGGCCAUAGGCAAGUCAAUUAACUUUUCUGGCUCCCCCAUCUAUAAAACACAUAUCUCACAGCAAUGUUGUGUGAAUACAUUUAUUUCAUAUAAUGGUUUCCCACCAUGGCAGUGAGGUGAUGGCCAUUCUCCCAAAAUCUAUGGAGAAGACUCCUGUUCUUCCUGUUUUAUACUCCCUCUCAGGGAUACAUAGACCCGUUAUCAUCAUGAUUUCUGUUCUAGGCCAAUCAAUAAGGUUGAAAGUGUUACCAUCACUGUUAGUUAUCAGGAAAGACUUGGUUGUGCUAUACCUACCUCAUUAGCUGUCUGAGUGCCCUCAAUGACAGAAAGAGGUUAUAUACGAAGGCAUAAAGGAAGAUGUUCGAAACCU